AUGGGUGCUUGCUUUUCUUGCAAACCAAAACCUGCACUUCAAAAUGUGAGAGUGGUUCAUCUAAAUGGCUAUGUGGAGGACUAUGAGCAUCCAAUUUCUGUAGGUCAAGUCACAGGGAAGCCCACAAAGCACUUUGUCUGCACCCCAGCUCAGCUUCUCUCCACUGGGUCCAAGCCAUUAAAGCAGGACACUCUGCUGCAACCAGGGCAGGUCUAUUUUCUGCUUCCAUACUCAGCAUUGCAGAGUGAUGUUUCUCCUCUGGACUGGGCCUCCAUAUCCAGAAAGCUCACUGCAGCAGCAGCAAAAAGCAGGAGGUCUUCAUGUGAGGGUAACAAUAAUUCUUCUCAUUCUUCUCCUUUGGCUCCUUCUAGUCCUUUGAUGAUGGGCCAGUUUUGCUCAAGCCCUGUGUGGAGCUCAUCAUCUUCACCAGGUAGAAGUCCAAGCAGGUUUUCUAUGGAGCAGGAGAGCAUGGGCUCUCUGAUGGAUUAUGGCUCUCAAAGGUCUUGUAGAGCUAGGUCAUGGAAGCCACUUUUGGAUACAAUUACUGAGAAAUCAUUUAACAGGAGGACUGAAUCAGAUUUACAAGAGAUGCAUGUGGAGGCUGUGAAAUAG